AUGUCGGACUGGGAAGCUGAUAGCGACGAGGAGUUCCGCGCCGGAAGCCGGCCGCCAGCGCCUCCAUUGCUCGAGUGGCAGCCGGCGAUAGCCCCCGUCCAGGGCCGGAGGAGCCCAGCGCCCCCGGCGGGCAGCAGAGGGCGAAGCGGAGCCCCCGGGCUCUGCGCUGAGGACCAGGAGAAGACGUCGGCCCGGCGAGGCAGGAGAAUGCUGGAGGGUUCGCGGCCGUUCCCUGCACCCCGGGAUCCCUGGCUGUCGGGCCCCCUGGAAUAUCGGCCCCGCGGCCCCCCCAGGGAUCGAGGCUUGGGGGUGCCGCUCUGCUUCCACCUGGACAACGCCUUGAUCGGGACCAUCAUCGUGCAUUUUGUAACAGGUCGGGCUGGAACUAAAAUAAGAGAACUUGAGGAUUCUUCAGGUUCUAAAAUACAGGUUAUAAGAGGAACAUAUGAAGCUGAAGUAAAGAUUUUUGGCAGUAAUGAUACACAGAACAAAGCCAAAAUGUUGAUCGAUGAUCUUGUUAAGAGGUAUGGCCAAUAUUACCCCAGAGACUGGACUGAGAAAGGUUCCCUUCAACACAAGGAUUUUGGCACUAGUUAUUCCACUGAAAGUCAUCGUGAUCUUGUCAAGUCUGGAAAUGUCCCACAGAAAUCAGUGAUUAACUGGGCAUCUCUUCGAGAAAAUAAAGCUAAAUAUGAAGCUAUGAAGUGGGCAGAUUUGCCUCCAAUUGAGAAAAACUUUUAUAAAGAAUCACAAAAGACUGCUUCCAUGCCACAAGAAGAAGUGGCGAAGUGGCGAAAAGAAAAUAAUAAUAUCAUUUGCGAUGACUUGAAAGAAGGUGAGAAGCGCCAUGUUCCUAAUCCUGUUUGUAAAUUUGAAGAUGCAUUUCAAUAUUAUCCUGAUGUUAUGGCAAAUAUCAGAAAAGUUGGCUUUGAGAAUCCUACGCCAAUUCAGUCACAGGCUUGGCCAAUCAUACUUCAAGGAAUUGAUCUCAUUGGUAUAGCACAGACUGGUACUGGGAAAACAUUAGCUUAUUUAAUGCCUGGAUUCAUUCAUUUGGAUUCACAACCAAUCCCAAGAGAUCAGCGUGGUGGGCCAGGUAUGUUGGUCCUCGCUCCCACUCGAGAACUAGCUCUUCAGGUGGAGGCAGAGUGCUCAAAGUAUACAUACAAAGGAAUUAAAAGUAUUUGCAUAUAUGGUGGUGGGGAUCGAAAAGGACAGAUAAAGAUGGUUACCAAAGGUGUGGAUAUUGUUAUUGCUACUCCUGGUAGACUGAAUGACCUUCAAAUGAACAACUUCAUAAAUCUGAAGAGCAUAACAUACUUGGUUUUAGAUGAGGCUGAUAGGAUGUUGGAUAUGGGAUUUGAACCUCAAAUAAUGAAGAUCUUACUAGAUGUACGCCCUGACAGACAAACAAUCAUGACUAGUGCUACUUGGCCAGAUGGUGUUCGCCGCCUUGCAAAAUCGUAUUUGAAAGAUCCUAUGAUCGUAUAUGUCGGCACUCUUGAUUUAGCGGCAGUAAAUACAGUAGAGCAGAAAGUUAUUAUUAUCCCAGAAGAAGAAAAGAGAGCUUUUACACGCUACUUCAUUGAUACUCUGAAGCCUAAGGAUAAAGUCAUCAUAUUUGUGGGAAAGAAACUUACAGCUGAUGACUUAUCAAGUGAUUUUAGUCUCCAAGGAAUUCCAGUUCAGUCCCUUCAUGGCAACAGAGAACAGUGUGAUCGAGAACAAGCUUUGGAUGACUUUAAGAAAGGCAAAGUGAGGAUACUGAUAGCUACAGAUUUAGCAUCCCGUGGGCUUGAUGUACAGGAUAUUACUCAUGUUUUCAAUUUUGAUUUUCCUCGGAACAUUGAAGAGUAUGUUCAUAGAGUAGGUCGUACUGGACGAGCAGGACGCACAGGGGAGGCUGUAACACUUGUCACUAGGAAUGACUGGAGGAUUGCGUCUGAGCUGAUCAGCAUUCUUGAAAGAGCAAAUCAAGUAAGAAUAUUUACCUUAGCAGGGCAAUGUCUACAUAGCUCUCAAUUGUUUAAAUAUGAGUAG